AUGAAGACUUCUUUGUUCCAAAUAACGACUGACGAUGGAUUUAAGCUCUCACUAAACCGAUACAAACGGGCACCAAAAUCCAACUCAAAGGACACAAACGAGCACGCUAUUGCACAGAAUCUAAGGUCGGGGGCGGUAGCAAACGUCCUGUCGCAGAUCGUCACGCACGCGCAUCGAACUAGUCUCGUGACGUCACGGCCCGCCCGGCGAAAACACAAAACCGGCCGGGCCGCUCGAACGAGUGCGCCGACGACUCCAGCGAGCGUCGAGCGGCGCGGUGCAGUGAGGAACGCGCAGUCGACCGACCCCGACGCGCCACCGGAGUCUCACGUACCGUGGGCGGCGUCACGACGCUGCGGGCGGCGCGGGCUUGCGGCGGGUCACGAGCACACGGCGAGCGGCGCUACGGAGCGCGGGCGCAGGUGCUCUGAGCGCAACAGCCUCCGCGCGCAAGCGCCGCGCCCGCCGCCUCCCCGCACUGCCCGCGCAGCCACCACGCACCAAAACGACCAAUUUAUCUUCCGCUCGUGUUGGAGCCCUCAACCCCAAUCGGCUAGCGUUGGACGUUCAUUCCAAUCGGAAACGUAA